AUCAAAGCGGGCGCGACCGGAAAUUGCCGAUAUUUAGUCGGAAAAUAAAGAAAAAUUGAGUUAUAUGCUUAAUUGUGAAUAAUGUUGAGUUUAAAUUACCACUGAUUGCAUCUUUUUCAUAAUGACUGAAUAGUAGUUUUUACUAAUUAACCCUUUGUCAAUUAUAUUUACACGAAUUUUCAUGCAAGAUGUCGGAAGUCGACAUCGCCGAGGAACUUCCGAACGGCGACGAUUCUGCAUUCGAGGACCAGCAAACCACUUCGGAAGAUCAGUCACAACAAACUUUGACAGUGCAAUCUGCUGAUGAAAUUCCUUCAUCAAUAGCUAUCACCACAGAAAAUGAAUCGGUUUAUGUUGCAACACCACAAACAUUGUUAACUGCAGAACAGUUUGCUGAACAUAAUAAAACGACUCACAUUGUUAUUCAUGAUCAAGGGAACUUGGACUCUGGUCUGAAGUCACCAACAACUCCGCUACCACCCCCUACCCCAGCAACACCACUUAGCAAAGAAAGGGGUUUAAAGUAUCAGUGGGAUGAAUCAGUUGACAAUGAUAUCUUACCUGUCCGAUGCAAGAAUACAAAUGGAGAACUUUAUAAACAUAGAUUUGGUUCAGGUGGUAGAGGAAAGUGCAUCAAAAGUGGUGAUGCAUGGUACACACCAAAUGAAUUUGAGACGUAUUCUGGGCGAGCUAGUAGUAAAGACUGGAAGAGAAGUAUAAGAUAUGGUGGUAGAACAUUACAGUGCUUGUUAGAAGAUGGUUUAUUACAGGCCCACGCCACAUCAUGUACGUGUGCAGCAUGCUGUGAUGAUGAGAAUGUGACUGGGCCAAUUCGUUUGUUCACUCCAUAUAAGAGAAGAAAGCCUAACCUUGAGCCAGGAACUCCUACUCCAAGAACUAAAAAAAUGAAACAUCUUGACUCACCUAAUCGUUUACAAGGAGGUGGAGAUGGUAAUGGUAUGGGAUCAUCUCAGAACUUUGCCCAUCCUGUCAGAAUGGCAACUGCUUCACUUAAUGGUGAAACUGUUCACAUCAUUACAUCAGAUCCAAUGUCAGGAGAGACAGUGAUGGUUGCACCGGUACCUGUGAGUGGACAAGUUAGCCCAGGUGGUAAAAGUAUCACCAUUAACAUGGACAUGCCAGAACAGAAACAAUGGUGGCAGCUAGAAGAGAUGGCUAAUAGUUUGAUCCAGCAAGCUCAACAGUUUAAACUGAUGGUAGAACAAGUAAAACAACAAUCUGUGGCUUACAAGGAGGCAGCUGUACAACAGGUCAGACAACAGAUGGAAAAGAUGUUAAAUCAAGCAAAGGCUGAGGCAGCCAUGCAAAUACAGAGAGCAGUAAUGGAGGAGAGAAACAAGAAGCAUAUUGCGGUACAGGAAGCGAUUUCACAAACUCGUGCUGAGAUGGGAGAUAAAUCUGACAGUGGUAUCACCGUGGUAACAUACGAGGGCUGGAGUGGACAAAGUACACAAGGACAGAUGCAAGGUAUAAUGGUUGCUACGGAAACAGAAAGUGAUAAACAGUGAAGCAAACGGGAGGAAAUAUAAAUUGCAAUGAAAUCCAUAAAACUUAGUAGUUUUAAGAAAUACAGAAAAUAGAAUUAAGACUCAUAAAGAGACAGAUUGAGAGCUGCAUUUGUUGCUACAAACUAUAAUACAUGUACUGAUUUCAGUCUUCAUUUCAUUAUAAAUCUGAUUUCAUUUAAUUUGUACAAAUUCUGUAUAUAUAUAUAUUGUAAAGUUUUAAUUUUUUACUGAGCAAAGCACUUUAAAAAUAAUAUAAACUAUCAAUAUUUUAUAUUUAUUUUUAUUCAAAUAUUUUUGAAAAUUUUGCAGUUUGUAAAAGUAUAUGGACAUUUUCCCCUCAGGACAUUUACACCCACUCUGAAAAUCCAUCAUUGGACAUGCCCCCGUCCCCCAGUGGAUGUAUAACCUUGAAUAUUUCACCCCCUUCACCCAACAGAAAUAUAAUGUUUAGAUAAAAAGUAGCUCAAACCAAUACAAAAUUUUCAUUCAAAAUAUUUUGAAGCAUAGAGCAGUUUCCAAGAUAUUUUUGUUUGGAUUUUCAGAAUCUCUGAAGAGGGGGUAAACUUGCUCUUAACAAAAAAUAAUAAUAAUUAGAAAAAAAAAGAACAAGAAACCUAUAAAAAUGUUUGGAGUUAUAAAUAAAAUUUGUUACUUGAAAAUAACAACAAAUAAUGUAUUUUUGAAAUAAAAUUCAAUACCGUGUGCAUUAUGAAUUUGGCACAUGCCCAAAUUUACAUUCAAUAUGGGUGGUAAUUGUCUACCUUUACAUGGGGAGCAAAUUGCACUGGAUGGGGGAAAAUGUCUUGAUUUGUUUGUUAACCAUACAUGCUGCACCUUGAAUAUAGAGGGGAGGAGGACUUUACUAUUAAAACUAUUGGAUUUGAAAUUUGAGUAGUUUUCUUUGUGUUUUCCUGUAUAUGUUAUUGGUCACAAAAUUAUUUGUAUUGUGUCUAAAAAACAAGUGUUUCAUUUUUAAGCCGGUUUUUAAUUAGGUUGUAGAUUUUUGUUUUUAAAUCUUUAAACAAGUCCUUAGUUAAUGUUAAUUUCUACAAUGUUGCUUGUCCAAUAUGUUAUAAUAUUGAGGUCAGUAAUGAAUUGUGAAAAUCUUGUUUGUGAUGCUUGUUUGUUUUUAAUUAAGUUUUUUCCUACAUCUUUAAUUAAUAUGUUUCUCACCAGAGAUUUUUUCAGUUCCCUUAAAUCAGUAUCGAAUUCAGAGCAUAGCAUAUUUUUGUUAAUGUUUGAAGAUAGUUUUAACUAGUAAACAUUUCAUCAAAUGUACAAAUGAAAUGAUUUAAGAUAUCUGCUAGUUGCUAUAAGCAUUAGACACUUAAUGCACACAGAGAUAACAUACAAUAUAGAGAUAACCUGUACAGUGUGUUAGAAACAGGGUAAAAAAGCUUGUGGGAGGUUAUGAUUGUACACCAGUGCCAGCUGAUGACUGACAUAAUGCAUGGAUUGGCAUCUUGAGUUUUCGCCACCAGUAAAGCUGGCAAAUUGACAUAUGACCAUUUUACUGUGUGGUAACAAAUAAACAGUUUAGAACUAUAGUGAUAUUUGGCAAAUAUAAAUUUUGUGAAUACUUAAAACAUAAAUGAUUUUUGAUAUAUUGAUUUUUCAAGGUCAGGUGUUAUUUAGCGGCAUGCAAUUUCAAGUUCAGGUUAACAAAUAUCAGGUGUCACUCAUUUUGUCAACAAUCUAUGUUCAGAGUAACUGAUUCUAAUUAAGAAGAUUGAAGUCAGGACAAGUUGGUUUUUUUCUUCUUUCUAUUAUUAUAAAUUUUUGUUAUUGAUAAAUGUACAAAUUGACUCCCCUGCCAUAUUCAAUUACAUUGCACAUUCCUUUGGCAUGUUUGUUUAGUGUAUUAGAUUGUCCCAAAUGGUAUAGUUACAAAUUUUGUUUCAAAUAUUCCCCCAUUUCAUUUUGUUCAUAUUUUCAUUACACAUGUUAUUACAACAUCGUUCAUCAGGUUUCAUUCAUCACGAUGUGAAAUAAAUCAAGGUCUAGUUGUGAAAUAUGUUUUGGAAAAAGUUAAAAGCUGAUUGUAGGUAAAAUUCCCUUACAUAUUGAUAAGUUAUAAAAUGUACUUGUCUGUAACAUAAAUGUUGUAAAUAUUACACUAACCUUCAAGGUUUAUUGUAUGAAAUAUGGAAUAAAUUAUCAGUCAACUCUUG